GGAAGCAAGAGGUUCCCCUGCCUAAUAACAGAGCUGGAGGAGGGAGAGCAGCACUGAUGUGAUGUGAUGGUCUCAGCCUCUGUGAGGGUCAUGUCGGCAGCUGCCACUUCAACACUGCCCGGGCUGUCUCUACUCCUGGUGGCCGUGCUGCUCCCGGAGGCUGUGGCUACAUCAUGCUGCUUUCAGGCAAAGGAACUAACAUGCCGUGAAACCUGUAAGCAGAUUUUGUCAUCGAAAAGUGAGUCACAUCAAAAACAUUUAUUGCAAAGGGCUCCGGAUUAUUGUCCAUCAUCAAUGACCGAAUUUUGGAGUUGUAUGAAUUCUUCAUUACCAGGGGCCUCUAAGAAAUCAGAUGGUUGGGUUGGCCUUGGAUGCUGUGAACUAGCAAUUGCAGCGGAGUGCCGACGCACCUGCAAACAGGCAUCUUCCACAAAUGACAUUUUAAAACACUGCAGGAAAGAAUAUGAGAAUUCACUAAUGAGCUGUGUUAAUAGGAAUGAAAUGGGCUCUGUUUGCUGCAGUUAUGCUGGUCGGCACACCAACUGUCGGGAAUACUGCCAAGCCAUAUUUCGAACUGAUUCAUCUCCAGGUCCAUCACAGAUAAAAGCAGUGGAAAAUUACUGUGCGUCCAUCAGUCCUCAGCUGCUGGAGUGUGUAAAUAACUAUACGCAAUCAUACCCAGUGAGAAAUGCGAGUGAUAGUGUACACUGCUGUGACAGGGCUGAGGAAAAAGCCUGCCAAAAUGCUUGUAAAAUGAUUCUCAUGUCAAAUAAAUCUGAACAUGAUAUUGUUGAAGACCUUAUUAGAGAGUGUAAAAAAUCUCCUCUUCCUCAAGAUCCACUCUGGCAGUGCUUCCUGGAGAGUUCUAGGUCGGUCCAAAAUGGGGUCACCAUUGCUCAUCAACCUUCCACAGGACUGGAUGGUGCAAAACUUCAUUGCUGCUCAAAAGCAAACUCUUCAUUAUGCCGGGAUUUGUGUACAAAACUUUAUAACACAAGCUGGGGAAACACACUGAACUGGCAAGAGUUUGAUCUUUCAUGUGAAUACAAUCCAAUGGAGACACAAAUGUUAACGUGCCUAGCAGAUGUGCGAGAACCUUGUCAACUGGGAUGCCGGAAUCUCACAUACUGUACCAAUUUUAACAACCGGCCAACUGAAUUAUUUCGGAGCUGUAAUGCCCAAUCAGACCAAGGAGCAAUGAAUGACAUGAAGUUGUGGGAAAAAGGAACCAUUAAAAUGCCUUUUAUGAAUAUUCCUGUUCUAGAUAUAAGGAAAUGUCAUCCAGAAAUGUGGAAGGCAAUUGCUUGCUCACUCCAGAUUAAACCGUGUCAUAGUAAAUCUAGAGGAAGUAUCAUCUGCAAAACAGAUUGUAUUGAGAUACUGAGAAAGUGUGGUGACCAUAGUAAAUUCCCAGAAAGCGAGACUGCAGAAAGCAUAUGUGAGCGGCUUUCAUCCACUGAUGAUUCAGAUGACUGUAUUCCACUGGAUACAUAUCUCCGAUCAAGUCCACUUGACAACAUUACUGAGGAUGUUACUCAUCCAUGCAAUCCAAAUCCAUGUCCUGCUAAUCAUAUAUGUGAGGUAAACCGAAAAGAAUGUCUUCCUGGAGAACCAUGCCUUCCAUAUGUUUGUACAAAAGGAUGCAAGUUGGGAGAAGCAUCUGACUUUCUUGUACGACAAGGGGACCUUAUUCAAGUUCCUUCAGGGAAAGUGGGCUGCUAUAAGAUCUGCACUUGUAGACAAAGUGGUACUUUGGAAUCCUGCAUGGAAAUGAGUUGUGUUGAUCAGAUAUCAUGCAAUGUUGGUGGGCAACACAAAAAUCAUGGAACAUCCUUCAAAGUUGGCUGUAAUAGCUGUUCGUGUGUUGCCGGUAAAGUCCGCUGUUCUAAACGUCAGUGUAUAAAUGAACCAGGCUCUGAUGGUGAUAGAAGCAUGUUUACUGGAUUGCCCUGCAAUUGUGCAGAUAAAUUUGUUCCUGUAUGCGGAAAAAAUGGACGCACAUAUCCAAGUGCAUGCAUAGCAAGAUGUGUGGGAUUGUUGGACCACCAAUUUGAGUUUGGAGAGUGUUCUUUAAAGGAUCCUUGUAAUCCGAACCCCUGUCAUAGAAACCAAAGAUGUAUUCCAAAAAGACAAGUUUGCCUGACUAGCUUUGAAAAGUUUGACUGCCUUCAAUAUGAAUGCGUUCCGAGACAGCUGAAGUGUGAGCAUGUGAGGGACCCUGUAUGCGACAGUGACAAUACAGAACACACCAAUAUAUGCACGCUGUAUCAAAGGGGAAAACAACUGUCCUAUAAAGGCUCAUGUCAGCAUUUUUGCAAGUCUACGGAACCAGUCUGUGGACACAAUGGAGAAACAUACAGUAAUGUAUGCAGUGCUUAUGCCGACCGCGUUGCUGUGGAUUAUCAUGGCAGCUGUCAAGAUGUUGGGAUUUUCUCAGAGAACAGUUUUCAUUCAGAAUGUGCUUCCAUUAAGUGCCCUACCAAGCCAAAGUUUGGCUGUAAAGCAGUCAUACCUCCUGGUGCAUGCUGUCCUUUGUGUGCUGGAGUUCUAAGGAUCUUGUAUGACAAAGAAAAGUUAGACAGAUUUGCUGAGGCAACAAAAAAAUGGCCUAUUCUUAUAUUGGACAUACUUCAGAAAAUAAGACUUCACAUAUCUGUACCUCAGUGUGAUGUGUUUGGAUACCUCAGUGUGGAAUCAGAGAUUAUUGUCCUUAUCGUGCCAGUCGACAAUCAAACAAAACCAAUACAGAUUGAUGCAUGUAAUAAAGAAGCAGAGAAGAUAAAUUCACUUAUUAAUUCUGACAGCCCGACUCUGGCCUCCCAGGUGCCAUUAUCAGCUCUCAUCACGUCUGAGGUUCAAAUAUCACCAACAAUUCCUUCUAACUGUAAUAGAAUAAUGUGUAAUAUGUAUUAUUUAUGUAUAUAUAUCUUUAUUACUCUGUUUCAUGUCCUCUGCAAUGUAUGAUAUGCUGUAAUUUAAAAAUAUUGUUUAUAGUGUAAAAAAUAUAUAUUACUUAACGUCCCAGAGUUUUUAAAGGGAUGUCCAAGAAUUAAAAAAAAACAUAAAAAAUGAAAAAAGGUCAGCAGCAAAUGUUACAAAAUAAGAUUAAAUUUAAAAAAGGAGUUUUACAUUAAAUUCCUGACUGAUGAUCUGGUCGAUUUAAGGUCACAUGGUGGCUUGAAGCCAAUCACUAGCCUCAGUAACCACAUGCUGUACUUCAAGCAUCUCCGCUAAGGCCACUGAUUGGCUGCAACAGUCACAUGCCAGUAUGGUAUAUCACUCCAAAAAAGUUAACAAAAACUGGCGCGAGACAAUCAAAAGUUUGGCAAUAGAGUGUUGGGGGGUUUACCGAGUAAGAUUUUGUAAGAUUUGCUGUUACUGUUUUUUUUUUUUUACUUUUGGGCAACCCCUUUUAUAGAGCAUAUCCACCUGUGAAUAGCUUUGGUUCCACAGUCAGCAGAUAUUUUUUUAUCUUUGUAAAAUAAUCUCAUUAUAGUUAAAAGGAAUCUAUCAGUAGUUCUGAAGACUCGAAACUGCUGACACCACCAUAUAAAGGAGGGGGAGAGCAAUGUAAACAUACCUUGCAGGUUGCACAAUGAAGAAAAACUUGCCUGUGGAUUUGCCUGUGGUAAAUCAUUGACCCCGAAUUUUUCAAUGUAAAUGAGACAAACAUGUGUCUGUACCCCUUUAGGGAGUUGAUAGGAGAGGCAACUGUUUAGUGCAAAAAAGCUCUGGGCACUUAGAAUAAUGGUAGGUCUGGGCAUCAAAACAUAGUCAUGCAACCUGCACGACCAUAGGCCAAAGUAUGUUUUCAGUGCUCUCCCUGUUCUGCUGUCAGACUUCCUUUAAGGGUAGGGUCAUAUCUUAUACCACAAUACCUACAACAGGGUCACAUGUAGCGCAUCUUGCUUUGUAUUUUACACUGCGGAUGCUCCAACGCCAGUCACAAGCGUGAGCUCCCUGAUGUGGCUGUGUAGCUCUGUGUGUCUGCUCAUAGCGGUGGAUUUCCCGAUGUGCAUCUGCUACAAGCAGGCACUGUGUCUACAGCUCGCAGUACUGACUGCCGUCAGCACAUCCGCAGCAUGAAACAUGAUGCGAAGUGUGACCCUACCCUAAUGCUGUUUUUCUAUUGAUCAUGUUGUUUGUAUUGUGGUAUUUAGAGAAAAAACUUUUGUUGCUACCCAGAAUCCAUCAACAAUAUGCAAUUGAAGGAUAUGUUACUUUUAUUAAUUGUCUGUAGUACAUUGAGAGAAUAUUGUUUAUAAACGGCUGAAACAAAGUAAGGGUUUUACAUGUUUUUAUACAAGUAAAAUAGCAUGCCGUUUUCUAAUGUUGGAAGCAUUUUUAUUCAAUACUAGUGUUAGGUAUCCGUUUACAAAUCUGAUUAUUUUGGAUGUUCAAGUGUUAAUAACCAUCAGAUUUUUAUGUCCAGUUGAAUCAAGGUAGCUUUAUAAUAAAAAUAAAGCCAUACUAUCUAUUAACAACAUUUGCCCCGUUGUUGAUCGUUUCUGAGUAGCAAAAUAUUUUUUUUCUAUACUGCAAUCCACAAUAGAAAAAAAAAAUGUAGGUAUCCUUAAUUUAAUAUUUGCUGACUAAAAUCCAAAAGUGAUAAAUUUGGAAAUCUUGUAUUUUGCCAGAUACUGGAUGGAUGAAUAUUGUUUUUACCAUUACGCUGAUAUUUCUAUGCACACUUUAUUACCUAUAUUUAUUUUUUUAUUCAAAUAUUUCUUGAUGUUACCUCAUUGUCAAUGUAUAUUUUUUAUUUGUUUAAUUAUAAGACAUUUAAAUUAUGUAUCUUAAAAAAAAAAAAAUCUCAUCUGUAUUAAUCUGUGCAUUGGGGCAAAGAGGACCCAUUAUUGGCCUUUUAAAUGUUCUUGAUGAAAAGUUAAGACUUUAUAAAAACAGAAUGCAUUUUGGCUAUGCAAAAAAAAGCUGAGCGUCCUUAUGGGGAGGGGCCUAUCAGUUUAGCCAGCUGUUUUCUAGAACAUUGAUUGGUACUUUAGGAGGCUAAUUAGGCAGUGUUCACACGUUGCGGUACCGCGACUAAUUACUGCAUGUAUUUUUGCUGUGAAUGUCUGAAAUAGCUGUUUUAGGGUGCAUUCAC